AUGCCACGAUCCAAAAGGCGGCGUCGCCUACAGACCAAAGGAGCGACUGCCGCUCAACAGAAAAGUCCAAUAACGGACUUGGCAUUGCCGGGGGGCAGGAUUUGGAAUAUAUUUGUUGUCAGCCUGGCCAUAGCAGAUCUUGUGGUGGCAAUCUAUCCAUACCCUAUGGUCUUGACAUCAAUAUUUCAUAAUGGCUGGAACCAGGGCUACCUGCAUUGCCAAAUCAGUGGUUUCCUGAUGGGUUUAAGUGUGAUUGGAUCGAUUUUUAACAUCACCGGCAUUGCCAUCAAUCGAUACUGCUACAUCUGUCACAGUCUGAAGUAUGACAAGUUCUACAGUGAUAAGAAUUCUCUGUGCUUUGUUAUCCUCAUCUGGGCGCUGACAUUCUUAGCAAUCGUUCCAAACCUGUUUGUGGAAUCAUUACAAUACGACCCGAGAGUCUACUCCUGCACCUUUGUGCAAUCUGUGAGCUCUGCCUACACGGUAUCAGUGGUGUUUUUUCACUUCAUUCUUCCCAUCUCCAUCGUCACCUUCUGCUACCUGAGAAUAUGGGUCCUCGUCAUCCAGGUUAGAAGGCGGGUCAAGCCAGACCUGAGACCCAAGUUGAAGCCUCAUGACUUGAGAAACUUUGUGACAAUGUUUGUGGUCUUUGUGCUCUUUGCCGUCUGUUGGGCACCCCUUAAUAUUAUUGGUCUUGCCGUUGCUGUGAACCCAGACACAAUUGCCCCGAGAAUUCCAGAAUGGCUAUUUGUAGCCAGUUACUUCAUGGCAUAUUUCAACAGCUGCCUUAACGCUAUCAUCUAUGGACUUUUGAACCAGAAUUUCAGGAGGGAGUACAAGAGAAUUAUUGUCUCGGUGUGCACUGCAAGGAUGUUCUUCCUUGACAGUUCAAAUGAUGCUCCUGACAGAAUGAAAAGCAAACCUUCUCCUUUAAUGACAAACAAUAAUCAAGUCAAGGUAGAUUCAGUCUGAAUGGUUUUUGCCUUCACUCCAUGUGCCAGUUAAUGAAGCUAAAGAGAAAAGCACAUUAUAUAGAAUUGAUGGAACACCUGAAACAUAUAUUCAAAGUUGUUAAACUUAUGUUUGCAUUUAUUAAACAUGUUACUUUAAAGUAUAACAAUAACAUCAUUCAUACUGAUAAAUAGUACUCAAGAACAGAAAACACGUGAUUACAAUUAUAUUCAUGCAGAAUUAUACAAGGUUAAAAAAGGUUAUUUUUGACAAUUGAUAGAUUCUUAAAACUUUUGGCUUACAUAUAAUGUAGUGAAAAUAGGACACUUGAUAGUUAAAUGUUAAUAUUUUAAGCAAACUAUGCUUAACUUAAUCCUUAAUCAUCUGUAAGUCCAAUUUGCCUUAUGGGGUUUGUGAAAUUGAAAACAAAUAUGGUGAGCAGAAAAUUGUACUUUGGCUAUUAUGUGUUCGAUAGUUUUAUCCAAUUAAAUUUUGCUGCAGAGGCUCAAAACCCGAAUAUUAAAUUGUUGUAAAUGGUACAGAGCUUAAAGUGCAACCACAACAUCAGUCAAAUUUAGAUGUCUACUUUGAAAUAAAUUCAUACAGACACAGCAGAGAAUAUUUUAAAUGCUUUACUAAUUUUAACUUCUCCUGAGCUGAGAAAAAGGAAACUAUUGCAUUGGCAAAAUAUUCCCUAUCCCAAUCUUUUUAAAGAAAUGUGAAAAGUUAAAUAGUUUAGCCUUUCCAAAGUUAAAUUGUUAACUAUACAUUAUCUCAGAUAGGAUGCAUGUUCUCCUUAUAUACAAUGAUGAAUAUAAUUUUACCAACAGUGCUUUUAUGGUGUUUGUUUCUGGUUCCUGUAUAAUGACGUGAAGUCCUACAGUUUGCACAGUGCAAUUGAUUUUUGACAAUCAAGAGUCUAUGAAUGUGAAUGGUUGAUGGAGAAAUUAAUCCUAUAUAUGAAGUAAUUGAGGUAAAGCAUUUAUUUCUGGGUUUAUUUAUAUACAGUAGAUAACUGGGUAGUUGGCAGGAUAGUAGCUAUGUUGUGCCAGAUUGGAACUUUGCCAAGCAUCCUGAAGAUGUCAGUUCAAUACAACAUUGUAUAAUAAUAUUUUACUAAUAGUCAUGGUAUCUGUCUUGCAAAUAGUUAUUUCACGUAAUUUACCAAACCAAUUUGCUUUUAGGAAAUUCCAUGUUCUCCAUUAAAUGAAAACAUGCAGGGGAAAAAAUUAAUGGAGCUCUCUCUGAAGUGCACCACUUUGAACAGUGCUAGUCCAACCUAUCCUAUAUUGCAGGAGUCAGAUCGUCUGUAGGUGUGAAAUGAUAACAAGGUCCUUGAAGAUACAUCUGAGGUUUCUCCAAUAGAAAAGUAUCUGUAACUACGUAAGAAUAAGUCAGUAUUGUUAACUGUCCCCUAUUGUUUUCUGUUCAGAGGAGAUUCAAGGACUCAUAGAUCUUCAGUUCCAAUGGGACCUAAAGCUCUAGAAGUGCAAAGUAAUCCACUCCCUGUUCGAUUUGAAACACAUUGUCAUGGUCAGGGACAUUUCCUAGGCUAGAACUCUAGUGAUGGUUUCUAAUGGGCAAAUUCCACGGUGAAAUGGCAGAUCUUCUAGACAGUUUCCUUUAGUGUUUGUCAAUGGCCAAACUAAAAUCAAGGAGCAGAAUAAAAUGUCAGUGGUUGCAAAUAGUUUUGUGCUCCCAGGUCACCCGGUCAAACUCAGAUCUGUAAGGGGCCUGUUUUUUAAAUGCCAAUUGCGAACUAAAAGAGUGAUUCAGUCAUGCUGAGGACUGAGAGUCCCAUACUUUUCAAUCAGUAUUAUGCAUCCAAAGAAUGAAUUAGGGGUUAUUAAUGAUGUCUUAUUUUUACACCACCAAUGUUCUUUAUUUCAAAUGAUCAACAGAAAUAAUGCUUGUUCUGCUGCUACAGAAAAUAUGAGAUUGCAUUGUAAUAAAAUCAGAGCUGAAAAUACUCUACACAAAAAGCAGCAUCUGUGAAAAGAAAAGCAGAGUUUAGGCCUUUAAGUCAAUUAAGUGUCAUUUCAUUGGAUGAAAGGAUUUUGACCAGAAAAGAUUAUCUACAUCGGUGUGACAGUCUUUUGUGAUUUUAUGUCCAGAUUCCAGUAUCCCAUGAGAUAAAAUUAUACAGAUUAUUUACAUAUUUUCAUUAAUUACCCACUGAAAAAUGGA